UCAGAUUCAAGCGAAAGUUCACAAAUUGAUGAUGAUAAUAACAAAGAUUCUAAGAUACCUAAGCUGAAAAAUCCAAAGAAACAUCGUGGAAGAGGACAACCUCUUGGUACUAAAAGACUUAAGUCUUCACAUGAGAGUCAAGGAGUUAAAAUUAAACGUCAACGUCGAUGCAAGAAAUGUGGCAAUACGGGCCAUUAUCAAAAAAAUUGCAAGCAUAUUGCUAUGACAAAUUUAGCAUAG